AUAUACAUAAUUUAAUUUAAUUUCGAGCAAACAAAUGAAAUGAUCAUUCAAUAAUCAACAAAAAAAAUUAAAAAAAAUCCAUGGCAAUAAUUGGCAGAAUAUUCAUCAACAAUGUACAAGCAGCAGCAGCAGCAACUAAUAAUAUCAACAGAAAGGAAACCAAAAAUAGAGCAAUUAGCAAUAAUAAGGGAGGUGGAAGAAGAGAGCUUCUUCUAAGUUCAACAUUAAUUACAACAACUGCCAUUGUUCUUGACUCUCAAACUCAACUUCUCAAUAAAUAUCUGAAGAAAUCAGAAGAAAACAAAGCCAAAAAUGACAAGGAGAGAAUGGACAGUUAUUACAAGAGGAACUACAAGGAUUACUUUCAGUUGUUAGAAGGUGAUCUGAGGCAGAAGAAAGACCUCACUGAAUCAGAAAAGGGCAUUCUUGAAUGGCUUGACAAAAAUAAAUAAUUAAUUCAUUAAUUAAACAAUUAUUAUUUUACUAUGUAAUUUUGCUUAUUCAGCUUUAUGUUACGGUUCAUAUUCUUUUUGUAGAGCUACAUUUUACAUUAGAAGGUUGUUUUGUUGUAUUUUAUCUGCAAACUACGUGCCACGGAAACUUUAAUUUCUUAAUGUUUCUGGCUUUCGGAUAUGUUUCGUAUCCGAUAUUCGAGGAUACAUGUCGGAUAAUUAUAUGCCAUUUUGCAAUUUCUGAAAAGUUAGAUUUAUGUUUGAA